CCUCUAAUGAAGAAUCACCUUAAUAUGUUAUAUAUAUAUAACGAAUGGCCACCAUUUUACGUUGGUGUUCUCAUCGGCGCAGACAGUACGUGAAUAAACUAAAGAAGUUCAUUUAAUAUUGUGCAAGAUUUUUGGUAUUCCUCUGCUGCAAAAUGUGUUGAUAAGUGAUAUUUAGCCUGUCGAUUUCGUGCAAAAAUUAACAACAUUUUGAAGAUGGAGGCAGCAGCGAAAUCGAAAGAGGUGGCAGACGAAUACAUAUCGUCGUUGGCCGAUCUUUCUGUUAAUAGUAAACCUCUAAUCACCAUGCUCACAAUGCUGGCUGAAGAAAGCAUAGAACAUGCUCCGGCAAUAGUCGGAGCUGUUGAAGCCCAUUUGCAAAAGGUGAGAAGUGACUGCAAGCUACCAGUUCUGUAUCUCAUCGAUUCAAUAGUCAAAAAUGUCAAAGGAAAUUAUCUAGGCCUAUUCUCUCAAAAUAUUGUCAAUACAUUCUCCAACGUUUUUGAAGAGGUUGAUGAAGCAACAAGGGCGAGUAUGUUUAAAUUACGUCAGACGUGGUACAAUGUUUUUCCAGCAAAGAAAUUGUAUUUAUUAGAUGUUAGAGUACAUGGCGUUGAUCCAGCUUGGCCAAUUCGUCCGUUGCCUUCGAAUAUAUCAGCUUCGGGUUCGAUCCACGUCAACCCUAAAUUUUUCUCAGUGUCGAGACAAAAUUCGGGUGCUCCUAGUGCUCCUGUUUCUUCAUCCAAUUUAUCGUUAACCAAUAAUUCAUUAUCAAGUGAGGCUGCAAUGAGAGAGCAACUUCUAAAAAAAGAGCGUGAACUCUUGGAAUUACAAAAGAAAAAAAUUGAACUAGAAUUACUUCAAGCAAAAGCUAGUUUAGAACAACAGCAAAGGCAAUUAUACAAACAAGUCGUCAACAUGAAGACUGAUCAGACUGUGAUGCCAACACUUGCAGCUUCAUCAGCAGAAAGCAAUUUAGAAAAAUCCAAUUCACCUAGUCAAGCACCAAAUAAAUCUUCUAAACAGUUUCCAACGGCAACAGCGACUCUUUUGAAAAAAGCUUCUGCAGCAAGCAAUGGUCCGCGGAUAGCACCAGCCAGUAGUAUCGCAGUGGCAUCUGCGAAGCCUGUAUCACGUGAUCCGAGAUUAAAGGUUGCGACAGUGGAACCAGAACAGCAAGAUAUUGCCCACGCGGAUCCUCGUCUUCGGCCAGGGAAUAGUAAUGAGGAGGAAAUUUGCGAGGAGGAUAAAACACAAACAACGACACCUAUAACCAGCACUGUACUUUCAGAGCAACUUGAGCAGCAGUUAAUUUUAAAACAGGCUGUGACUAGCACUGACAAGAAACCUCCGUCGCUUGAUGACGGCUCCAGUAUGUCAAAUUUAAUCGUUAGUAGUAACAAUAAUGCUAAUGCAAACCUCAACAAUAACAAUAAAAAUUCCAGUGGUAAUGCAAAUAAAGAUGCUGUCUCGCAUCGAAAAAGUCAAAAAAAAGAACCCCGCUCGUCUAGUAAUAGUAGCAGUAACAAUAACUCAACUGUAAACAGUUUGAAAGUAAUGCAAAGUCAAUCGAUUAAUAACAGUAGUUCUUGUUCGGUUUUGUCAGCGAGUAUUCGAGGAGGCGGAGGAAGCGAGUCCAAGUCAAAGGACUCUAAAAGUCCUAGUAAACGAAGCUCUUUAACGUCCGACAGUGCCUCAUCCUUCGCCUCUUCCAAAUCCUCGCACAGAAAAGUUGGAUCGAAAUCUCGAUCCAAGCAGCCUCAUUCUUCGCCGAGCAAGGUUCAAAAAAUUGAUAGAGAUCAAAGUCCAGUUAGGUCAAAGUCGCGCGAAAAAGAAAAUGAGGAUAGUUCCUCGUCCUCGCGUGCCUCUCCCCAAUCCUCAUCCCAAUCAUCCAAGAGUCGUAAGAAGACAUCGUCCAAAUCCAGAAAGCGUAGUCCAAGUCCUUAUCGAAUUCCGAGACGUAAUGAACUUAAAUCCACUACAAGUUUGAGUAAUUCCGGAGGCGGCCUCACCGAGGAGGAACAGUCAGGUUCGUUAAUAGUGUCACCUCCACAUCCGCCUGCAUUUAAAGAAAUCAGACCCGCAGCUAGGCAAAGAAACUACAUUAGACGCAACAAGGACGGCAGUCUCAGCCCGGAACCAUCGGCCACUAGUCCAGCAAGCAAUCAACUUCUCUCUGAAUCUCUCCUGGAGUCAUCGACUAAAGAUGAAGAUCUUAGAGCUUCUCUUCUAAUACCAGUUGCCACAACUACUUCCAGCCUGGCUGAAAAGAAAGAAGAUUUAGAUCUCCGAUUAUUACCUCCCGUUAAUGCGAAUAAAAGACAAAGUUCCGAGCACGAGGAGCCAACUGUUACUAAAAAAAGCAAACUGGAAAAAUUCGAUGCAUUGUUUGGGAAUGAAGAUGUUGAUUUACGAAUGCUGACUAAUCCGAAUGCGGGACGACCUCCGACACCACCGCCACCAGUUAUUUCUGGUGAAGAAGGUAAAGACAGUUGGGCCAAGUUGAAAACACCUUCGAAAAGCAAUGACCGGGACAAGUCUGAGAAAAGUACCUCUGAAGAAAAACGUGAUCGUGAUCGAGUUAGGGAUCCUCUCGGGAGACCGAGACUAUACAACAAAGUUGCUGAAGAUCCUAAAGAGCGGCGUAGAAUUCUCAACAAUGAGGAUCAAGAUCCAAGGUUUACACGUCGUGGUCGGGACACGGACAAACACGAAAGAAAUUCUGACAGAAAUAUCGAAAUCAUUCUGAAACAAGCGGCAGAACAAUUGAGCCAAGGCGCGAUCUCAAAGGCUGACUACAAUAAAUUGAUACAGGAAGUACUUCAUAUGACUGAACUUGAAAAAUUGAAAGUGGCCCAGCGUCAGGACAAGGAAGCGGGAUCCAUGGUCUGGGAAAAGGGAUCCACUAUGGACAUGAAGAGUAGAAUGGGUAAUUUUUCUAUGAAAGACGGCGAUCAUCACAGAAAGGAAUACCAGAUGGGAAGAAACGAUGGUCCAAGGUGGCAACAACCUUGGCAACGUCCAGCCUGGGGCCAUCCACCAGGUCCGCCCUUUGGAGGACCACAAAAUCACUUCAAUCCUGAUUUUAGAAUUAAGGGACCUUGGCAAAAUGCAAGGCACUUUGGACCGAUGAGACCAGAUUUCAAUCAAUUCCAUGGUAACUUCAAUCCCAAUAUGGGUCCUCGAAUGGGACCAGGAAUGAUGGGUCACAUGGGCCCGAAUGGACCAAUUAUGUCCAAUAUGAUGGGACCCAAUGGACCACUUGGACCGAUGGGCAUGGGCAAUACCUCUUUGCCAAUGUCUGGCAUGGGUUCGAUGAUGAUGAAUGGACCUUUGGGGAAAAUGAUGCAUCCCAACGUGCCCUCAAUGGGACCACCAGUUCAAAAUUCCUCGCCUACCUCAACGCCAAAAUACGAACAAGAAGAGAACGAGGCAGAAUCUAAUGGGCCCGUAAAUAAAAAUUCUGCUUUCAACUGCGAACUGCCAACGCCGGAUCAGAAACUGCUCGAUGAGAUUUCUCACGAUGUUAUGAGGUCCAUUAAAAUUGACAAUAUUGAAAGAGAAAUUAGGUAUUACGGUCAGACUGCUGUUGUUUUUUUGAGUUGGGACGAUCCAAGGGAGAUUGGAUUCCAGGAUGGAGUGAGAAGAGUUCUAAUCGACGGCAAAGAAACGAUCAUGUGCGCUUUCAACGAACCUUACCAAGAAUUCCGCUAUAAGGAAAAGGUGCACAGGAUCAAACUUGGAGGACCAACGAGGGAGUUGUACGUUGACGAUAGAUGGUACGAGUGUUACUUUGGUGGCCCUCCAAUCUCAAUAAAUCUUGAUGGUAAAAUGGUGAGUGUUAAGCUGGAAGGACCGUCGCCUCAGGUGAAAAUCGGUUCGGUUAAACGAACUGACUUAGUGGUAGGAAAAAUAAAUCUCAUCAUCAAUGCAAAGGAUAUGGUGCCCGUGUUUUUGGAUGCGAAACCACAGAAUAUUAAAAUCGAGAGCAAAUCACACACUUUGGAAUUUAUUGACUCUUUGAAAACUGUUUUGCUCAACGGUCAACCGUUCAAAGUUGAAUUCGGAGACUUACCGAAGCCAAUAAUCGUCGGGGGUAAGAAACAUUUCAUUAGAUUUUCGGUACUGCCGCGAGGCGUCCGCGCUGGUCACGUCAAGAUUGAUGGUAUGAGGGGAGAAGGUCCUAUCGAAUCGCCUCCUUCUUCGCCAAAAGUCAGUCCAAAUACGAGCAUCGAAAGUACAACGCCCGCUUCAACAACACAGCCUUCUACCACUGAGCAUGAUUCUACAUCUCAAGACGGAUCCGAUUUCCCAUCAACGAAUCCCAAUCCGAAUUUGCAACUGGAUAUGUUGUCCUCGGUCUUACCAUCAGCAAUGGCACCUUCAUCUGGACUUUCGUAUCAAGCCGAACCGGCGGAAAAUCCUCCAACACAGGCACCUGUUUUGAAUUUGAAUAUGGAUGAAUUGUUCCAGAGGCUAGUGGAGACUGGAAUUGUUGCUAAUCUUUCAGAACCAAAGAAACAGGAGGAACCGGAAAAGGAAAAACCGGAAAUUAUACCAGUUUCGUUCGAUGAUGAUAAGACGUUAAAGGUAAAGCAACCUGCGGUUAUUGGAUUAUUGUACAAUGGGAUGCAGUGUAGCUCUUGCGGUUUGAGGUACGCAACACCGGAACUCACAUCCAGGUACAGUCUUCAUUUAGACUGGCAUUUUCGACAAAAUCGGAAAGGAAAAGAUUCACAAAGAAAGGCACAUUCCCGAACGUUUUAUUACGAUCUUUGCGAUUGGACACAAUACGAAGAAGUCGAAGAUUUGGAAGAUAGAGCACAAAGUUGGUUUGAAACGGAGAAACAGACAACGGAAGUGGAAAAUGCUGUUACCGAAGAUGUACCGGAAGAAGCUGAUCAACCAAGUGUUCCUACUGGUUCAGCAACAGAACUUCGGUGCCACGUUUGUCACGAUGAAUUUAAGCAAUUUUAUAAUGAAGAAAUGGAGGAAUGGCACAUUAAACCUGCAGUCGUCUUUGAAGGCAAUAACUUCCAUCCCUUUUGCCUUGAGGACCAUAAAGAAAAGCUCCUUGUGCGGGCUUUAGAAAAAUCGGCAGAGGCACUUGAAGCCCUAGUUGCAAUGGAAGAAAAUAAGGAAUUAAGUUCCGAAACAGAAGAAAAUAUUGUUGAAGGGGAAGAAGUAAGAACUGAGGAAGAUGUAGUUGUGGAACCAGAAGUGACGGAAGAAAAUAAAGAGGACUUAGAAAUAGAAGAAAUCAAGACUGAUCAAUUAGAAAAUGUGAAAUCUACAGUGGAAGUCGAAGACACAGGUGUAGAAUCUGAUCCGGAAAUUGAAGUUACGGAACCACCUCCAGCUCCUGUUAUCGAGCAAAUCGAUCUUGAAGCAGAUGAAAACGAAGGCGAAAAAAAUCUCGAUAACGAAGAACCUGUAAUCGAAAAAGAGAAACUGGUGGAGGACGACAUACAAGUUGAACGAGAGUCUUUCGAGAAUAUCAAAAUUAAGGAGGAGCCUUUAGAUGAACCUGAAAUUACUAAUGAUACAGAAUUUAAUUUUGCUAAUGUGGAAAUAAAAGAGGAGCCAAUUGAAGUUGAACCAGAAGCUGUGCCUGAAAUAAUCGAACCAACUGAAGUGGAUACGACACAUGCUGCAGUGAAGUCCUCCAUCGAUGGUAAUGUCGAGCUUGAUUCAGCGCCUUCAACAAUUCCAACUGCCCCGUCAAAAAUCAAAAUAAAUAUCACAAAACCUUUAGCAACCAAUAAAGAACCAGAAGAACAAAAAGAGCAAAAAGAGCAAAAAGAUAGUUCUGUUCCUGAAAUUUCAGAAGUGGAGAAUACCAGUCCUUUAAUACCAGCCUCCAUAAAGCCUUAUAUCAAAUCCAGACAACUUCAAGUUUUUCCGCCGGUGGAAAAAGGUGAAGAGAUGUCUGGACUGUGCACUAUCAUGUAAAAAAAUAGAGAACAAAAUGAUCAUUUGCAUAAACGUAAGUAUUCGUGAAUUGAUUAAUUACGGAUCAGAUUUUUCAACCAGUGCUGUCAUGACAUGAUGUAAGUGAGCGAACAUUAGCAUUUCUAAAAUUGAUUCUUUUUUUUCAUUAUUUUAUUUAUAAAUUAUUGCAAAUACUUAAAAAGUUCGCAAGCCAAACAUGAAAUUCUAAUUCAAAUACUGUGAUUUUAUUAAAAUAUAAAAUCGUGAUUCUCUGACUUUUUUUUAAUGCAAUGUUUCGUUCUCAUUAUAUCGUGUCAUUUAUACGAGGAUUUUGUUAAGUUACUGAAAAUGGACGUAGAUCAAAUGAAUUUUAACGAAAGAAAGAAUGUGUGUUUCUGUGUGAAAGGAGAGGUAUGAUACUGUAUAUAAAUAAUUUAAUUCAGGACCCAGGGGAGAUGAAUUUCCGAUUCUUACAAUUGCUAUCAUCUCUGAGUCUUGAAUUCGCUGUAUAGUUUUUUUUGUAAUAAGUGAUUUUAAGAUAGUGCGCGAAGAUAUUAGUUGCAUUUUUUCGAUAAUGCGUAUCGAGAAAGAAGCAAAUGCAUAAUAGAGAAGAUUUCAUACGAUUUGUACUUUACGAUGGAAAGUAAAUUGUGCGAUAACUUUUA